CGGAGGGUUGAGGUGCCUGCUCUACUGCAUGGUGCCUAUGUUUCUGUUUCUGCACUGUUGCCUUUCCUGCUUAGUCUCCCCAGUCUCCACCAUCUCCCUUUCACCUCAGUGCUUCAGGAAUCAGGAUGCAGAACCCCCCAAUUCCGAGCCAUGUGACUCUGCCAAGUCGUUCUGUUACUCUAGCACUGCCCUCUUAGCGUGCGCUUUAUUUCUGCUGGUGCACACUGUGCUUGUACUUGGUUCGGCUGGCGCUGACGUGUCAUUUUUAGCAUGGCUGAACAGGCAGGGCCAGUUAGCUGCAAGAGCUUUAGGAAGCAGAGCACGGAGCGGGUUAGGGUUACAGUCUGGUGGCCGGUUCAGGUGCCGUUGGAAGGCGAGCGACAGCGGUUACUAGGAUGGAUCGAGUCAGCCGACGUUGGCGAAACUCGCGAAGUCAAUGUCAUCGUCGCAGCUGCGACUCCCCCAUGCUCGGGUCGCAACGACGAAGUGAAAGGGGACCUAGACCCGUCUAACAGCUACAAGAAAUCCACUCCCGUUGACCAGGAUAGCUGCAAGGCUCCUGCGACAAUCCCCGACGACAGUUCCAGCGCUGGCAUGAAGCGCUGCGACCUAGACCCGUCUGCGUCUCCUUUAAACGGCCAUGAAAAUAGCCGGCCUGGCAAUAAUCCUCCCGCCGUUCACCAGUCGAAUGCAUUCGACGAGCCUGACCGUGCGUGCGUCGUCGCGGAAUGUUCGGUCCUUCCAGAACAUUCCAAUCUCUCCUCCUCGUCCUUCUCGUCCUUCUUCAGCCGGUUUUCCUCCGGAGCGAGCUCGCCUAAAGCGUCUGGCUGCUGCUCGCCUCGAUCGGCUUGGAGUUUCGGCGGCGACUCCGAUCGCUUGCAAGAUAUCGAGCCCUUAAACAUCGAUAAGAAGGAGAGCUUCAAGGAUGUAGGUCAAGAUGGCCAGGGUAGCAACGGAUCGGCUUUUUCGUCUAAGGUGCCGUUUACGUUGUUGUGGCGACGAAGAUGGCAGCAGCAGCGACAAUCGCCAACGUCGCCGGCGUCGCCAGUGUCGCCGUCAGGCGCUUCUGGUCCGGGGAGUCGCAGGAGGCGGCGGGAUCGGCUCCGCCUGUACGCGGUAAAGGAGCUGCGAUAUUGGACUGGUGGCGAAAUGUGGAGCUGAUCGGAAUGCGUAUGAACGUUGAUGCGUCCAGCGGCAGCUCGGACGACGAAGCUUCGAAGCAACCUGGUGGUACCAGGUCCGGCGGGGAAUCAGGCCAAUCCGGCCCUGCUUCCGACGAUUCGGCCGACUCUGCUACUGAUCCUGUCAGCACGGGCUCGCAGUCGGAUCCUGAUUCCAAGCCAGCAUCGGGAGCUUCGGCAGGACAGCCAUCGGACAUGGCGUCAGCUGGGCACCCAGUGUCCGCUCAGGUCGUUUUUUACGACCAGCCGAGCUUCCCCGGCCAUUUCUACGUGGCCGACUGCCGCAAGUGGAUGAGUGUGGUGCAGGGAGGGGAGGACGGGUCAGACGGGCCGGACGACGAAGGUUCGGGGAAGAACGCCGUUCCCUCGUCGCCGUCUGUGUCUUCGCCCGAGGCGGGGAGGGUGGGCGUGUGGCUGCGGUCGUUCUGGGCCAACUCGGGGCACCUCGACGCUCCCAGGGCGCAGAGAGCCAAGUCGCGAGGAUAUAGUGUUCCGUUUCACAAGCUCAACAUGGCACACGCUCUCGCUACUGCCUCUACUUCCCUUGCAACCGCUUCAACUACCCUCGGGUCUGCUACCACCUCUAUAGGUAGCACUAUCACCACUGCCACCACCACCAUCAGCACCACAACAUCCCGCACUCUUCACAGCUGCAGGCGGGGCGCUACAGCCACAGCGUCUGCUGCCGCUGCUACAGCCGCUACAGCCGCGAAUGCUGCUGCUGCCGCUACAGCCGCUACUGCAGCGACUGCAGCCACUGCCGCCAGUGCAGCUGCUGCUGCUACAGCCGCCACGGCUGCCACAGCUGCAACGGCUGCCACUGCAGCAGCGGCUGCUACAGCCGCGACGGCGGCUACAGCAGCGUCAGCAGCAGCUGCAGCGACAGCAGCAACGGCUGUGACUGCUGCCAGUGCGGCGGCUGCUGCUGGGGGUCGAUUCCGGGCGCUAUAAGGGGGUCGCCUGCUGUGAUCUCGACUGCUCUUGCGCGCAUCUUUUUCCUUGGAAAGACUCCAAAACCCAGCAAGGACGCCGAGCCCGGUGCACCUACAGACCCUUCAGCAGAUGAGGAACUGUGUACUGCAGUGAGUGCAGUAUCCGCUGCAGCUGAAGCGGGCUCGGUAGGGACAUCUGCAGGAGAAAACACAGGUGACAGCGGCGGAAAGGGGGGCCCAGACGAAGAGGGGGGAGGGUUGGGUCCGGGGGAGGUGGAACCAGGGCAGGGAGAAACCGGUCCAGAUUCAUUGCACCUGCAGCUUCUGGAGCAGCCUCAGGAGAAUGCUAUGAAGCAGACUAAGGCAGUGGAAGAAAAGGAAAUCCCAGGGGCAACCACAUACCCUCGUAAAGCGAAGGUGGCUAUAUGGGGGGCGGUUUUCGGGCUGAAUGGUGGGGAUACCAAGCAGGAGGUGAUUAUAGAGGGAGAGAUAGUAGAGGACGGUGAGGAAUCUGCAGCGUUGGAUGCUAUGGGGCAAGUUGGGCGGCUGAGUUUGGCUGUAGCGACUCAGAUUGCUGCUGCACCCGUGGCUCUCCUGCUGCUGUUACAAGAGGCGGGGGUGGUUACCAUCUCAGUGGUUACAUCCACAGGCAGAGCAGUUACCGCUGCUCUGAAGAGUAACUCUGCCACGUGGCAGUGCAUGAUUCGCCGGCAGCGGCUCAUCGCUUCCCUCCGUGCUGCCCUCCAAUCAGCGUCUUUCUUCUCAAACGAAGAAGACUUCACCGAAGGCCACGUGGCAGCAGCAGACCCUGGUCUUGCACCUGUUGACAAAGUCACCUUCGACUCGACCCUAAAAAUUAUCCAACAGUUCAGCAGCAGCAGCAGAUGGUCCUGCUGCUGCCGCUGCCACUCACUCACCUGAUCCAUCCACCCAAGGCACAUCGUUAAAAGCAUCCCUACCAUCGUCAACAGACCCGCCCGAAACGCUCCAGGUUAACGAGCCUUGUUUUCCUGCAGAUCCUGUAAAACCGGCUCCCUUCUCCCCUGAAUUCCCCAUUUCUGUCGAUUCCUCUGGAAAGCCCAAGAUUCCUCUGUAUUCCUCCAUGGACCUGCAUAUCGCCCAGCACCGCAUUGCAUCCCCUCUCACCUCGCUCCUCCUGGACCACUCCCUGGGGCUCCUCUUCUCCCUCCUCCUCCUCUUCUUCCUCCGAACCAUCGCCUCCGCCCUCUCCUCCCUCUUCCACUUCCUGACCAAUCACGUGCUCCGAACCAGCGUAGUCCUCUUGAUCUCUCAGCCCAUCGGGCUCAAGCUUAAUGAUGAGCUGACCGCUGCGUUCGGCGCCCUAUCCUGGCAAGCCCUGCAGGCUUGGGCUAGCUUCGGCAGCGCUUAUGGCUCGGUGCUGCCGUACCUGGCGGUCCUGGUGGUUGGUUCGGCGGGGCUGUUUCUGGGCAUGUCGGCUGCUGUGGGCGUGAUUGCGGACCUGGUGCUCCUGUCGAACCUCCAGCUGGCGCUCGUUCAUUGGUGCUUGACGCCCAUGUAUCGCAUGCAGCUGAAUGCAGUCAUUGCUCUCUGGCGCCUGUUCAAUGGCCUGAAGUGGAACCCCCUCCACAAGCGUAUCGACUCAGUCGAGUGCACGCUCGGCCAGUUGACUCUCGGCUCGCUGCUCUUCACCAUCCUCACUCUCCUCCUCCCCACCACCGCCAUCUUCCACAUCCUCUUCGCCUCCCUUUGCUUCGCGAUCUCCACCGUCCGUUCCGCCCUGCAAACCGUCGCCUCGCUGCUCCUCUCCUUCCCGGUCUACCUGGUCAUAGUGAGGGUCUACCGCCCGGAUCAGGUGCCGGGAGGGGUCUGGCUGGAGUUUGUGGGAGGAGGGCGGAGAGUAGGGAAAGGAGGGGGUGAGGGCUGGAAACGAGACGAUGGUCGACGUGUGGGGAUGGAUGGGGGGUUUGGGUCGACAGAGAGCAAGAGGGGGGAUGAGAAGGAGCAGGCGGAGCGGGCAUGCGGGGAUUGUGGAAGAGGGAGGAACGGGGCAUGUGGGAGUGGCGUUGGCGGUCGUUGUAGUGCAUGCACUGACAGCAGCAGCAGCAGCAACAGUGGUGAUGCUGUAGGGGUUGCUGCUGGGUCUGCUGGUGCUGCUUCUGAUGGUGCCCCUGCUGGUUGUCACUGUGCCAUGGAUGCAUCUGGAGCCUCACUGGGGCCCGCAGUUUCCGGUAUCCCCAACACAGGCUGCCUUGAUAUGCCUAGAAGCACUUCCGGUGGCGCCAGCAGCUCUACUCGCAAUGGGAGUGGAGGAGCAGGAGUUCCAAGUCAUGACAGAAUCAGCUCCCAUCAAAAUGACCUAAGAUGUACAAUGGCAGGAGACCUAAGCUGCGGAAGGCUAGGCAAUGGUGAUGCUAGCAACAAUUUCCGGGUGUACAGUGUGGAGGGGAGUCCACAUCUGUUCCUUCGUUCCUUCCCGGUGUCAUUUCAGGACAUGUUGAGCCGUGUGCGCAUGUUCCCUUCAGUGAAGAAAGCCAAGACGUAGAAACGAGGUUUGACUAAAAGUAGGGCUACCCUUUUAUUUGCGUAUUGUUAUUGACGUAAGCCAUUAUGUACGGUAGGUAGAGUGAGAAUUGGGUUGCCAGUACAACAGUUUUUUUGUUAUUCUACAUAUUCAAUGUUGAUGUCUUGUCAGUGUUGAAGACAUUGUUGGGAAAGUUGAGGGGUUCAAUAAACGG